AUGAAAAGAAAUAAGUUUUAAAUGUAAUUAGAUAGAGAAAAGAUGAUAGUUAUAGAUGAGCUACUUUCCCAAAAAAAAAAAGGUGCAAUUAAUAAUUCUAUCAAAAAUUCUACAUUUGUAAAUUCUAAUGGAUAGACAAAUAAAUCAUCUCAGUAAAAAGAUCAACCAAAUUUGAAUAAAAGUGCUCAUGGAUUCAAUAAAUCUGAUGGAAAUAUUUAUAUAAAGAAUUUUGGUGACCAUGUAUCGUCUUUAAAACAUACAAACUAGAGUAAUAAUUAAGAAAUUUCGUUUGCAGAUAAAGUAACCUAAAAGAGUAAAAAACUUGAAAGACUGGAAUAAAAAUAUGAGAGAGAUGAAUACUUUUUAAACUAAACUAUUAAAAAUAAAAAAAGGGAAUUAGAAAAAGUUUAUAGAGUAUAAUCUUAAUAGCAAUUAAUGAAUUAUUUUAAGCUAUCUGAUGCUAAAUAAGAAAAUAUUCCUCAUCUAAUGAGUAAUGCUUUAGAUAAUAAUUCAGAUACAUCUAUUAGAUAAAAAAUACGUGAGUUUUUGGGUACUAAUUUUAAAACUGAUUUUUUUGAUAAUUUAGAUGAUUUUGUAGGAUGUGUUAAAGUUUUAUAUGGAAAUUCUAAAAUUAUAUCAGCUAAAAUCGAUAGAAUUUUUAAAGGAAAGCAAGCAGAAGAUUUUGAAGAUAUUGAAAAGUUGUAAAUGAAGUUUGUUGAAGAACUUCGAAGCAGGCCCAUUAAGUUAAGGGAAUAGGAAAGGAUAUAAAGGAUGAAGUAGUAGGGAACUUUUGAUACAAAUAAAUCACCUUCUUUAAAUAAUUUUAUUGAUAAGAAUUUCUCAAAAAAUCAACCUAAAGGUACCCUGCCUUCUUUAGCUAAUUUUGAUCCUCUGCUAUUACCAUAAAAUUAAAAAUAUAACAAUUAAAAUACCAUAAAAUUAGAAGCACCAUAGCUUUCUUAUUUAUAAAAUUACAGGUUUGAACUUGGAGAUCAAGACACCUUUUCCAAAAACUUUUAAAGAAAGAAUCAAAUAGGAGCAUUAUAUCGAAAUGCCCAAAGCUAAUUUGUACAGGUUUAAAUUGAUAUGAAUUAAAAAGAAGAAAAGCUUUAGGAUUAAUGUGAAGAUUUUAAGAAGGUUAAUCAACAAUUACUUGAAUUUAGAUAAGCAUUUAGAGAAAAUUUAUAGACUUUGAAUAUAAUUAAAAAAGUAAAAGUUGGAAAACAAGAUUAAUAAAAUGGAGAAUAAAAAUAGGUUAAAUUCUAAGAGGAUCUAACAGGCUCUGGUGAUUCUUUAAUUGAGCUAAAAAAUUUAAUUAUUAAACAAGACAAUAGUUAUUUAUUAAAGCAGCUUUUUAGAUAAACAAUAUGGACUAUAAUUUUGAAGCUAAAAAGACUUAAGCUAGAUUAUGAUGAAAUAUUUAUAAAUAAUGUAUUUCCUAACUCUCCAUUUGAAAGAGAAGGCUCAAGGGAUUUCUUUAAAGCAGUGAAAACAAAUGAUUUGGAAAAAGUGUAAAAAAUGCUAAAAAUCUGUAAAUAUCAUGUUUAUGAUUUUGAUUCAACAAGAUAAACUCCUCUGCAUUGGGCAGCAAGAAGAAAUUUUUUUGACGUGAUGGCUUUAAUAUGUGAACAUGGGGCGGAUUUAGAAGCAUAAGAUAUGGGAGGGAGAACUCCUUUAUUUCACUGUGUAAUAGGAGGAGAUAUGAAUUCUUGUAGAAUGCUUCUUGCUAGAGGAGCCAAUCCUUAUGUAAAGUCUUUAGCUAAACAUAAACCCUCACACUUUACUGAAAAUGAAGUUAUUAAGGCUCUAUUAAGAAAAGCAGAAUAACUUCAUACAAUGAUGAGCUUGUUACCACUUAAAAAAAGAAAAGAUUUUUGGAUCAGAAAUGUUUCUGUUUUUUCACAUCAUAGUUCAAACUAGCUAAACGAUAAAAUUCUCAAUCUUAAAUAAACUGAUCUUCAAAUUGAAUGA